AGGUUCCAAACUUACAGAGGAUACUCAACAGUUCAUUGAUGAGACUCAUAAAAUUUGUAAGGUGAUGCGGGUCCCGGAUAUAGAUGCAGUUGAAUUGGUCACCCAUCGACUGAAAGACGUUGCUGUUGACUGGUAUGAAAUGUGGGUUGAUUCGAGAGGUCAGGAAGCUCUUCCAGCGGUCUAG